AUGUUGGCCAGGCACGGCAACCAGGUGGUGGCCGCGAAGCGCUGCCUCGCUGGUGCCGACGGCUCCAUGACCAAGGAGCAGAUGCACAACUUCGAGCGGGAAAUCAACGCCUAUCGCAUUCUGAAGCACCCAGGCGUAGUGGGGUACGUCGGCUGCGUGCUCGAUCCCCCCAACCUUGCCGUCCUCACCGAGUACCUGCCGAAGGGAAACGUAUUCAGCUUGCUCUACAUGAACAGGGUCAACCUGCCAGCUGCCAUCCGCCUGAAAAUUUCACAGCAAUUGACAGAGGUUGUCGACUUCAUGCAUGGCCUGGACCCCGUACUGGCCCACUUGGACUUGAAGACGUCCAACAUCUUACUCGAUGCCGACUGUAAUGCCAAGCUGUGUGAUUUCGGGAAGACGCAUGCGCUCGAGCAUGGCUUCUCCGUGGUGCAGGGGUCGGAGCUGCUUGGUUCCCCGCGCUACAUGGCGCCCGAGCUGUUCAACGGCCCGGGAACGCGGUUCACGGAGAAGGCCGACAUCUGGGGCUUGGGCUGCUGUCUGAUCGAGAUCCUGGGGGGGCCCAUCCCGUUCGAGGACGUGCCCGAGGUGGCGCAGAUCAUGGAUUGCCUCCGGCGCGGGCGGCCGCCCCUGGUGCCCCACUGGUUCGCCGAGGCGACGCAGCCGGCCCUCCGCCAGUGCUUCGCCUUCGAGCCCGAGCGAAGGCCGGCGGCGGCUGGGCUCGCCUUCGCCCUCGGUAAGCUGACUGCUCAGGACAUGGAGAGGUGCGGCAUGGACAAGCGCCGCACGAGCUGA